UUCUUCCCAUAAUAACAAACACGAAAAGACAUAUCUAUCCCUACAUUGCAUCCAGAUUCUUCUAGUAUCUUCUUUUCCCUCUUUUCACCCAUAAGAACAAAACCCUUAUAACAACAACAAACAACUCCUCACACAAACAAAACAAAGACACACAACUUCACUUCACAACACAAUCUAUCUAAAAAAAUGUUCGGAGUAGUUUUCCCAAACCGCAGUUUCCCAAUGGACAUCUCAACUUUCUCUCAAAUCGACACUUUCCAUUGGAUCCUCGACAUGAACACAUUCGUCGGUGAAGCAUACGACCAAGUCACUGAAAUCUGCAUCUUCCUUCUCAACAACUUCACUCUCCCACCAGACAAAGCCCUCGCAGUCUACGUUCAAUCACCGGGCUCCCCAUUCGUCUUCUGCGGCGCUGUCACCAUCGCUCGUCCCUCCGCUGUCUUAUCCCUCCUCUGGCCGGAGCCCGGCUCCGGCGCGAUACAACCACAACUGACUGCUGAUGCGGUGCCAAUUUCCGCAAAAAUCGGUGUUUCCGUGGAGGAUCUGGCGUCAUUAAAUUCAAUUGAUGUUGCUGGUGAGAAGAGGAUUGAAAGAUUGGCGAUGAAAGUUGGUGAGAAUUUGUUUAAUUUUAUGCAGAGUUUUUGUGGUGUUGAUGGUUCGAAAUUGAUUGUUCCGAUGGAUAUUUUGGAUCGCUGGUUUAAGAAGUUUCAAGAAAGGGCUAAGCGUGAUCCUGAAUACUUGAAGGGUUUCGCUUUGUAAGUUUAAAAGUUAGUUUUUUUAAUUUGAUUUUUGUCUUAAUGUUGAAAAAUUUAAAUUAUGAUAGAGAGAAUAGAAGAUAGAAGGUGGUUUCUCUUAUGUUGAUGUAGUUUUAAUCUAGAUGUUUUUCUUUGAAUGGAGAAUCAAGGUUUUUGAUUCAUCGUGUUGUGUUAUGUAUUGAAUAUAACAAUGAGGGAAGAGUUUGUAGGUAAAUGAAAAAAUGUAGUUCUUAUUUUCAAUUUCUAUUUUGUUAAUUUAAAUUUAAGGUAGCUGUUUAUUGUUU